GACCGGUGAGGAAAUUGCGCGUUUUAAAAUCUCUAUAAAAACGUUGCGAUUCCCAUGCGUCGGAUCUGCGGCCGCUGUGUAGUUCUCGUCCUUUCUAAAGUCGGAUUUCGACCGUGUUCCCCUCGCGCAGAGGUCGGCAGUUUUGCGUCCGGCAUGGUGUUUUGAUUGGGCUCGUCGCAGUUCGGCUCAGAAAACGCCAGCUCGUACUUUCGUCUGUGAAUCGCCCGUAAAUCGGUUUUCCGUGGAGAAGUGCGCGUGUUUGCGACUCGGGAGUGGUCAGCCGUCCGCCGCCGUCAGACCGGAGCGAGAUACCCAACGAGACGCUUUUGAGGGAUGGCCAACGGGCCGCCGCCAUUCGCCCCGUGAGCCGCAACCCUCGUCGCAUCUCUCAUCUCCGGUUUUCCCCGUCCGCGAUGGAAACGUUUUACUUGACCUGACCGGGAAAAUCGGACCGUUUCCAGACUUUUCUUCUAUUUACGCCCCAACGGAAUUCGUCUCAUUCGAAACGUUUCAACGGCCGACACACCGUCAAAAAUGGAGGUUGUCAAAUCUUUUAAUGCGGAGCUUACGUCUCUUUAUGAUACGAGGCCUCCGAUCUCGAAAGCCAAGAUGACGUCGAUCACCCGGUCGGCCAUCAAGGCUAUAAAAUACUACAAACAUGUUGUACAGAGUGUAGAAAAAUUUAUAUUAAAAUGUAAGCCGGAAUAUAAAGUACCUGGACUUUAUGUCAUCGAUUCGAUUGUUAGGCAGUCGAGGCAUCAGUUUGGGAUUGAAAAGGAUGUUUUUGCGCCUCGAUUCGCUAGGAAUAUACAAACUACGUUUUUACAUUUGUUUAACUGCAACGCCGAAGAUAAAGGCAAGAUUGUCAGGGUGCUGAAUUUAUGGCAGAAGAACCAGGUAUUUACGACAGAUGUGAUACAGCCCCUUCUCGACAUGGCAAGCUUGGCGAAUAAGGACCAGCUCGUUUUACCGAGCAAUGGAGUUAUGCCGUCAGGAAAUAAACCAUCACCCGUGAAAGAUCCAAGUUGGCUGAGCGGUAAUACUUCUGAACUUAAUACGUCCGGCCUCCAGAUGCCUGCACCGUCGCCUGUCAAACAGCCGGACGGAGGACCGUUCGAUCCAAAUAUUGUGAACCAACUUCAAAGCCUGCAGAAUUUGCUUUUCAACAGUCAAAUUGACAAUUUAGCUAUGAAGAAGGAGGAGGUCAAAUUUGAUAAAAAACUUCUUGAUUUCGACUAUGAGGAUGAUGAUGAAGAACAACAGCAGCCUCCUCAGCCGCAACAGUCUUCAAUGCCUACACAGCCGUUGCCCAGCAUCGACUCCCUGCAAACAAUCCUCUCCAACCCGGAGGUACUGAGACAGCUUCAGACCCUGCAGCAGCAGAUGUCGUCACGCCAGCAGCAGCAGGAGAUGGAGGAGAAGAUGCGCCGGCUCCAAGAGAUGCGCCACCAGGAGGAAGAGUUCGACAAGCACCUUGCCCAAACCCUUCCUAAUUUGCCUUUCGCUUCGGAAUGUGAUUUUAAGCCGACAACAAGCAUAAAUUCAAGUGCCGGCAUGGGAGUCGGAAUGGUGCCUCCGGCUGAUUUGCUGUCAUCGUCACUUUCGCAGUUUAUGUCUCAGCCUCCACCGCCGCAGCCCACUUCGAACACAAUUCCGGCUUACACGACAUCGACAUCCAACAACGCGUAUCGAAACCAGCAGAAUGUUCAGGAAGAGUCGUCUAACAAUGAUUACGACGAGCGUAACAGAAACGCACCUAGAAAUACAAAGGGAGGUGUAGGAAAUGAUAAGAUGCUGGGUGAUAUGGAAAUCAUCGAUCUCAUAUCUGGUGAUUCUUGCGGGACUAGGUCCCCUCCACAGUCUGGAGGACGGAGCGGCAGCAGGGACCGCGGGAGGAGGAGGGACCGUGGCAGGAGUCCGUCGCCCAGAAGCAGGGACAGGAGUCGUAGGUCGAGAUCCAGGUCCAGGAGAAGGGGUCAGCGCUCGAGGUCCAGAGAUGAUCGCGACCGCGACAGAGAACGGGAAAGAAGGCGAAGAGGUCUCCCUCCAAUCAAAAAAGGAUAUCUUUCUGUUUGCAGUACCACACUUUGGAUCGGCCAUCUGUCCAAACUUGUGCAGGAGGAAGAGCUGUCCGACACUUUUGGUGGGUUCGGCGAUAUUGUAUCUAUUGAUAUAAUACCUCCGAGAGGCUGUGCAUUCAUAUGCAUGAAUCGUCGGCAAGAUGCUUCUAAGGCUUUGCAACAACUCAAGCAUUACAAACUACAGGGGAAGGCCAUAACGAUUGCUUGGGCCCCAGGAAAAGGGAUGAAGGAUCGUGAGUGGAAGGACUACUGGGAAGUUGACCAGGGCGUCUCGUAUAUCCCAUGGGGGAAGCUCUCAAGCGACAUGGAUAUCACAUUUUUGGAAAACGGUGGUGUUUUGGAUGAAGACACUUUCCCAGAUUGGCUUAGAAAUGCACGAAGAGAAAAAGACUUCAAGAAAUUUGGUGGAAACCAUGAAGAUCAAAGUCAACAAAUGGACAAUAACAUUGAAGGAGAAAAGAAGAGCCUUGAUAUUCCUAUGCCCAAUGUUUCAGGAGCAACUCCUCUGCCUCCUCCGGGUGGUUUUCUCCCGUUGCCAGAAUCAGGAGCACAGCCUCCAGGAGGCAUGCCACCGCCAAUGGGCCUCUUGCCUCCGUUUGCUUUGCCUCCAAAUUUUUCAGGACUUCUUGGUGCACCGAUGGGUGGUCCCAUGGGACCACCGAUGGGCCCGCCGAUGGGACCGCUUGGAAUGGGCAACGUGCCUCUAGGAGUACCUCCUCCGAUAAUAAUGCCACCGCAGGGGAUGAGGAUUCCGCCGGGGGCGGCGCCUUUCAGUCCGCAAGUCGGGCUUAUGCCGAUGGAUAACAAAACAAAAGGGAUGCCGCCGCCGAUGCCUCCUCCAGACGGCACGUUCUCAGAACAUCUCGCUUCCAUGGUCAACCCAUUCGGACUUCCUUUGUCAGCUCUUACAGGUUUAGGAGGUUUACCACCCCCUCAGCCAAAACCGAGUGGGAAUGAUAUGGAUGUUGAAGACGAUUCCCAGGUCGAAUCCAAGGAGAAUUCUCAACAACAUAAUGUUUGUUUUAGCCUCGGGAUUUUGAACAGUCUGAUGAACCCGGCACCGUUCAUGCAAAUGACGCCUCAGGGCAACCCCCAGUCGAACUUCAACUCGCAAGCCCGCCAAAAGGAGGAACAGGACCAACGAGGGGACAAGCGCGAACGCGAUUCUCCCGCGGAUCGAAAACGGGGCUCGAGGAUGGACAAGGACGAUCGUAAAGACGACGACAAAAAGCGCCGGCGGGACUCGCCAAACCGAGACCGUAUGGAUAGGCGGGGUGGUGGCCGCGGAGGUAUGGACAGGCGGUCAAGAGGAGACUGGGGAAGAUCGAAAUGGGAACAUGAUAAUUCUCCCGAUGGCCUCAGACCAGACAGGCGAUCGACUAACAGUCCAUUUGUUGACGGACCAAAACCUUUUCAUGAUGCCAAUGAAAGACAGCCUUUAUUACCAUUACCAUAUCAUGACCAACAUUUUAACCAAGGGCGACAGGGACCUCCAGGAGGAUUUGGCCAUCCAAGGGGAUUCAAUGACAAUGACAGAGAUGAUUAUGGUGAUUUCCACGGAGACUUCCAUGGCGGUCCUGGGGGCCAUAUGAGUAGAGAUUUCCCACCGAGCGGUUACCCGCCUUUCCCGCCUAGAGGCCAUCGUGGAAUGGGCCCCCACAGCCCAAGGCCACUCCUCCGCUCGUCGAUGUACGGAAAUAGGGGACCGGGAAGCCCGAUGGGCGGUCAAGGAGGUCCUCCGAUGGGAAUGCGUGGCCCCAGACCUGGGCGGAUGGAUGGAGGAAAUUUUAUGAGAGGAUUUCCAAACCAAGGGAUGCGAGGGCGUGGUGGUAGAUUUUCAGGAGGGCCACCCCCUGGAAACUGGCGAUGGGAAGAACAACAGCAAAGCGGUAGUGGUACAAGUGGCAUACCGCCGUUGAUACCGAAUCUGGUCGGCGAUCGCAAGUCUCGGGAGGAGAGGAAAUCACGCUGGAGCUCCGCAGAAGAACGGAAGCCGGAAAGUUCUUCUCAAAGUGAAAAAGAGGCGAAAGAGGAAAAACCGGAAGAAAAGCCCGCAGAAGAUAACACUUUUGAAUCUCAGGAGGACAUGUUUAGACCAGACGAUAAAGAAAAGACGGCCAAACCUUCACCCUCAAAAGAAUCCGUAGCUAAUCUUUACAGCCCGUCGAUGGUCGACGACGAACCGGAGCCAGUUGUUCAGCAGCAGCCGGCCCUGGAGCUCUAUAGCCCCGGGACAGUUGAAAAAGCCGAGCCCGAUGCGGAACAGGAACGGCAACCGGCCGAUUCGAACAGCGGAGAAAAUUUCGAAAAGGCUGAAGGACACAACACGCCGUCACAAGUUAAUGAUGAAUAAACUGUCCUUCGGGGCUCUAGUCCACGUUUUGCAACAGUGAGCAAGCCUUAAAGUUUAAGAUUUUAAAUUAUGUAUUUAUGUGAAUAAAAGAAAUUAAGGAUUGGUAUUUAA